GCCAUCUUCCUCUCAAUAGUCUCAAGCACAAUACCUUCAGAAAUCUAAAACAAUGGUUAAGUUUCUUUUCUUAAGCUUUCUUUUAGCAAAUACCCUUUUGAGUCUAACCAAUGCAACAAACCAACCUCAAAUCAUUUUCCAAUCUUUUUCAGCACCGUCUUCAAACCCUCCUUCUCAGAGUCCAUCUAGUGGCCAAAGACCACGCACAUCAGAACCCUCUAUUGGAAGGAAACUUGGUAUGCACCGACAUAACCAAAUCAGGUCCUCUGACACCAAAAGUCCUACCCCAUCUGAAGCACCACAAAGUGAAAAGAAGAUGCACUCUAUUUCUGAAGGGAGCAUUCCUAGUCAUCAGAGAACUUCUAUUGAACCACAUGAUGGAGAAGUUUUGGGUUCUCAUCAUGGCCAGGUCCAUUUGUCAAAGCAGCGCCACCACUCAUUUGACAAGUCCAGAGCUGGAGCAGGAGUUAUUCUUGUUGGGCUUGCUACCACAUUUUUGGUGUCAGUUUUCUGUUAUAUAAGAGCCACUAGAAGGAACAAGCUAGAAACAACAGCUUAGUGCUCAUGAACCUUUUGUUUUCUUUUUUUCUAUUGUCUCACUUUCUUGUGUUCAUACAUGCUUAGUGUAAAGGAAACUAGUGAAUAGAUUAUGAUUUCCAAGCUA